AUGUCUUUCUCCAACCCUGAAGAUGUCCCCCAAGAGCCUGAACCCUCAACCUCCAAGAAGAAAAAGAAGCAAAAGUGGCCACAGCAAGAGGCCAGCAUCCAAGCCCUCACCAGGGCUGGCCAUGGAGCCCUACUGGCUGGCCGGAACCAUGAAGCCUUGACCAGCUUCCAGAGGGCCUUCAUCCUGGCCUCUGAGGCCCCACAAACUCAGGACACCUCUGUUCUCCGGGCCUGUGCCUUCAACCUGGGGGCCGCCUAUGUGGAGACGGGGGACCCAGCCAGAGGCCUCAAGCUGCUCCUGCGAGCCCAACCUGAAGAGAAGGCACAGGGCAGGGGUCAUGGGGACCAAUGUUUCAACGUGGCUUUGGCCUACCAGGCCCUGGGAAAGCUGCCCCAAGCUUUGGCCUGGUACCACAGGGCCCUGGGUCACUACCACCCAUUAGGUGACCAGGGGCAGGCCCAAGCAAAAAUGGGAGCCUGCUACCGGGCUCUGGGACAGCCCGCACUAGCAGCCCACUGUCUGCAGGAAGCAAGCCAGGCCUACGUCCAAGCAGGGCAGCCCCAGGAUGCAGCCCUGGCAUUGGGGGCUGCAGCAGCUUGUAUGCUGAAGAGUGGGCAACACGGGGUGGGUGACAUAGUACAGGUGCUGGAGGAGAGCCAGAGGCUUGCUGAGAGGAGUCCUGAGCAGGGACUGCUGGGGCAGCUCUAUAACGACCUGGGCCUGAGCUACUCCCAGCUCCAACUGUUCUCGCUAGCAGCUGAAGCCUUCCUGCGGGCCCUGCCCCUGUGCCGGGGGCCAGGAGAGGAGGCCAUGGUGCUGACAAAUCUCGGAGCAGCCCACAGUGCCCUUGGCAACUAUCAGGAAGCCCGGGAUGUUCACCGGAAGGCAGCUGACCUGCAUGGCUCCGUGGGGCAGCGGCAGGAGCAGGGCCGCAGCUUCGGCAGCCUGGCAUUUGCACUGAGUCAGCUGGGGAACCACAGAGCAGCCAGAGACAACUACCUGCAUGCCCUACAGGCUGCCCGGGAUACUGGGGACACAAAGGGGCAGUGGCAGGCCUGUGAGGGGCUGGGGGCCGCAGCAGCCAGGCUGGGGCAGCACAACCAGGCCUUGUGGUACUAUAAGGAAGCACUGGCCCGGAGUCAGAAGGAGCCAGACUCUGUGCGGGAUCGGCUGGUGGCCAAGCUGGCAGAUGCCAUGAGAACCCACUUGGCCCAGGCGGGGCCUGUACCGACCUACAGUCUGACUUCGGCUCCAGGGAGACCCCAGGCUCCAGGUGGAGUGGCCAGGCCCCCAGCUGGGGUGGGAAGGGGCAGAGCGGAAGUGUGGCACAGGUCUUGGGGUAGGUGUGAAGAAGAAGCGUGCGAGGAGAGCCAGGAGGAGAGAGAGGACCAGCUGCCGGCGGAUGUCCCCGUGGCAUCUUGGGCACAGAGACUGGAGUGUCUAGGACCCAGGGCCCAUCUCCCACUUGGAGGCCAACACCCCCUCCGAAUGGAGCAGCCUGGCACUCUGGUGCCCAAUGGCCCCCAAGCCAAUAGGUGGGUUCCUGGGGAAGCAGAGGAGCCCCUCCCUGCCUCCUGCAGGUCAUCCAGCUGGUCCAGGGAGACCCCCAGCGGGAACUCUCAGAGGAGACCCACCGAGUCUGGCUUCUGUGCCAUCAUAUGACUCCACUCAGCUGACCGUGAACGUGGCCUCCUUGGUACCUCCCUGACGCACAAACAUUAGGGGUUUCCAGGACCAAGCCUUUUCCUGGUUGUUCAGUGCUCUAAGGACAGGUGAUGUAACAUCACCAAACAGUGGGCUCCU